AUGGCAGCAGCAGAUGAGCUGACCUUCCAGGAGUUCGAAGAAGCCACUGAUCUCCUAGCCAAGACCCCAGAUGCUGCCACCACGAGAAGUGACCAGUUGACUCCACAGGGACAUGUGGCUGUGGCCAUGGGCUCAGAUGAAAGCUAUGGAGCUGAGGAGGAGACAGAGGAAAGUGACAAGGCCAUGCUUCUGCAGGGGGAGAAGCAGCAGCCAGGAUUCUGGACCUUUGCCUACUAUCAGAGCUUCUUUGACGUGGACACCUCUCAGGUGCUGGACCGGAUCAAAGGCUCACUGCUGCCCUGGCCUAGCCACAGCUUUGUUCGGCACCGGCUACGGAACCGGCCAGACCUAUAUGGCCCCUUCUGGAUCUGUGCCACACUGGCCUUCGUCCUAGCAAUCACCGGCAAUUUGACACUGGUGCUGGCGCAGAGGAGGGACCCCUCCAUCCACUAUAGUCCCCAAUUCCACAAGGUGACCGUGGCAAGCAUCACCAUCUACUGCUAUGCGUGGCUGGUGCCACUGGCACUAUGGGGCUUCCUGCAGUGGCGCAAGGGCAUCCGGGAGCGCAUGGGGCCGUAUACCUUCCUGGAGACUGUGUGCAUCUAUGGCUACUCCCUCUUUGUCUUCAUUCCCACUGUGGUCCUGUGGCUCAUCCCUGUCCCAUGGCUGCAGUGGCUCUUUGGGGUGCUGGCCCUGGCCCUGUCAGCUGCUGGCCUGGUGCUCGCCCUCUGGCCCGUCAUCCGUGAGGACACCAGGCCUGCAGCUGCCAUGCUGCUCUCCACUGUAGUGCUGCUGCACUCUCUCCUGGCCCUGGGGUGCAAGUUAUACUUCUUCCAGCCGCUACCUCUAGAACACAUGGCAUCUCUACCCCAAGCUACAUCUCUGCCCCCUGCAACACUGCUGCCAUCCACCCUGCCACGGGCCAUCACAACCUCCUAG